AUGGCUCCGACCGGCCCUGGUUACACACGCGUUGAGGAGAACCUGGCCAAACAUGGCACCGGAUCAAAGUCAGAAGAGUUCGAUGAUGUUGGCUACUCAUAUCGAAGGCCUGACCCUGCUUGGACCAAAGUGGUCACGGGCAAUGCACUGGCCAUUUUACUUUCGCUGUGUGCUCUGAUCUUAGCACUGGUCGCGUCCUUUGGCAUCUAUGAACGCCACGCAAAGUUCGAGGUUCCAAGUGAGCGUAUCAAUCUCGGGACGUGCGGCCGGAAUUGGCAGGAAGCAGAAGCGAACGGGUGUGUGUACGAUGUCAUGAUGACAGCCUGGUUGAAGCCGCAAUGCUACGACAAAGAGCUUUCCGAUUCGUUCUUCUACCGCGACUCCGCCAACUGGACGUUCUACCGCGAUCCUGAGGGAAAAGAUGUCAUGCCGCAUGAAGAACUCUUCCAAGGUCGCUAUGAAGAGUAUUGGGUUCAAGGGACGUAUCAUUUCAGCCAUUGCUCCUACAUUUGGGCAAAGCAGCUUCGACAGAUGGGUAAAAAGCCGAUGACACUAGACUCGAAGUUUCGGAACUGGUACCAUACCCUCCACUGCGCCAAUAUGCUGGCGGAGGCAAACGUCACGUACAUAGGUGGCCGGGCUUCUUCCCAUGCAAAACUUGGCACGAAUUCAAUUGACUGCAUUGUCGGAGACUGGAUGACGUUCGAGUCGAUACCAGCUGAGCUACAAAGGGGAGCCGGCCCAUCCAAGGAGGAAUAG